AUGUCAUCUAAAGUCUGGCUUAUCACUGGAAGCUCAUCUAGCCUCGGAAGCGAGUUCGUCAAAGCAGCCUUAGAUCCGGGCGGCAAAAGGAUCGCGACAGUCCCGCAAGUAGACACAAUCGCUAUCUACGAGACACGAGACACGGGAGCGAGUACCAUGCUGAUAGAUGUCACUGCCACGCAACGGGAGCUGAAUGAUAUUGCCAACAAGGCAGUUUCUGUGUACGGGCAGAUUGAGGUACUGGUGAGCAACGCCGGAUAUACGCAAUUCGGGACCGUUGAAGAAACCAGUCACGUUGACUGGUUUAGAAAGUUCAAUACCAAUGACUUUGGAGCUUUGAAUACGACUAGUUCCUUCCUCCCUCAUUUGCGCAGUAACAAAUCUGGAACCAUUGUCUUCAUUGGGUCUAUGGUCGCGUGGGAUGGUGUACCUACUGUUGGAGCAUACUGUGCUUCGGAGGCGCUGCUAUACACUGAGGGUGUUGAGUGUGUGAAUGAUGUCGUGGAAGGGGAGAAAGACAUUGCUGGAAAGGAGUAG